GUCGCACAUCUCUACUACCCAUCAAUGCAACGUUGUGGCAGUUGACAGCAAAAGGGAAGAGCUUGUGGCAGAACCGUAGUUGUUCAGCCACGCCUAGGGGAAAAGAAAUCAUAAUUACCUUUCAUCUGGAUUUGACAGCGUUUAUUAACGCAGUCCAACAUGGCUGCCCAGUGUGUGACCAAGGUGGAGCUGACAGUUUCCUGUGAUAAUCUCCUGGACAAAGACAUCGGGUCCAAGUCGGACCCUCUGUGUGUGCUGCUCAUGAGCACUACGGAUUCGCGCUGGUAUGAGGUGGAACGCACAGAGAAGGUCCAGAAUUGCCUUUGCCCAAAGUUUGCCAAAAAGUUUGUCAUCGACUACUACUUUGAGAUGGUGCAGAAGUUAAAAUUUGGAAUUUAUGACAUUGAUAACAAGACCGUUGAUCUGAGUGAUGACGACUUUUUAGGAGAGCUGGAGUGUACGUUGGGCCAGGUGGUGUCCAGUAGAAAACUGACCCGGCCGCUGGUCUUAAAGAACAAGUCCCCCGCAGGAAAAGGCACCAUCACAAUCGCUGCUGAAGAGAUUAAAGAUAACAGGGUGGCCAACUUGGAGGUGGAGGCAAGGAAACUGGAUAACAAGGAUUUUUUCGGGAAGUCUGACCCGUAUCUGGAAUUCUACAAGCAGACCCCAACCGGAUGGCAGCUGGCUCACAGGACCGAGGUGGUAAAGAACAACUUGAAUCCCACGUGGAGACCCUUCCGAAUCCCCCUGCAGUCUCUCUGUGGAGGAGACCUGGACAAACCUAUAAAAGUGGACUGUUUUGAUUAUGACAACGAUGGCUCACAUGACCUAAUUGGGACCUUUGAGACCACGAUGACACGCCUUCAGGAAGCAGCACGCACCUCUCCGGCUGAAUUCGAAUGCAUCAACAGUAAAAAGAAGCAAAAGAAGAAAGGCUACAAGAACUCCGGCAUUGUGAGCGUGAAACAAUGCCAGGUGGUGAAGGAAUACACUUUCCUGGAUUACAUCAUGGGAGGCUGUCAGCUCAACUUCACUGUUGCAGUGGACUUCACUGGUUCCAAUGGGGACCCGAGGUCACCCCAGUCCCUGCAUUACAUCAGCCCACAGGGGGUCAACGAGUACCUCUCAGCGAUCUGGUCUGUAGGCAACGUCAUCCAGGACUAUGACAGUGACAAGAUGUUUCCUGCUUUUGGCUUUGGGGCGCAGAUCCCCCCAACAUGGCAGGUUUCCCAUGAAUUUCCACUCAAUUUCAAGCCCACCAAUCCAUUCUGUGCAGGUGUUGAAGGGAUCGUGGAGGCCUACAGGGUUUGCCUGCCCCAGGUCAGACUUUAUGGCCCCACCAACUUCUCGCCAAUCAUCAACCACGUAGCGUGCUUUGCACAGCAAGCCCUGCAGCAGAGCACUGCGUCUCAAUACUUUGUGCUGCUCAUCAUCACCGAUGGCGUGAUCACAGACAUGGACGACACCCGCAACGCCAUCGUCAACGCGUCACGUCUGCCCAUGUCCAUCAUCAUUGUGGGAGUGGGUGGGGCUGACUUCACCGCCAUGGAGUUCCUGGACGGAGACGAUGGGCGUCUUCGCUCUAUGACAGGCGAGGCGGCCAUGCGAGACAUUGUCCAGUUUGUACCAUUCAGGCAGUUUAAAAAUGCCCCGAAAGAAGCGCUGGCAAAGAGCGUGCUGGCCGAAGUUCCAGGCCAGCUGGUGGAGUUUUGCAAUGUCAUGAAGCUGGGUCCACCCAACACCAGUCCUGCCCCGAACCCUGCAGGUACCAUCUGAUGCAACAACAGCAAACACGUCAGGGUUCCCCACCAGAUCCUGCAAAACCACACACUCCAAAAUAUUGACCAAUCUAUUUUUAGAACACUUCAUUGCCAAUAUUUUUAUACAGUGUUUCCCACAGGACUGCAAUGUAUUUGUGGAGGUGGCAGGUUGACAAAGUUGCAUAAUUGGCCAUGACACAAAAGCACAAAAAAUGUCCAAAAAUACAAAUGAAUUUUCUUCUGUUGCUUUUUUUUGGCAAUUUUGGGGGUAUCAAAUCAAAUCAAAUGUAUUGUGCUUAGGAGCGAGGGCAAACAGGUAGCACCAACGCCACAAAUAAAAAAUGACUGUAUGGGAAACACUGGUUUAAAUUCUUACUAUGCUGCUGUUUGCUCAAGCGCUUACAUCCAAGGAGUCCGUAUGUGUUCAACUUUGACAUAUCACAAGAACAUAAAAGGUCACCUAGGUGUCAAUUACCCUGCAAAUCCAUCCACAACGCUCUUUUCUUUAUAGAAGUAUGAUAUAGCUGUUCUCAUGUUAAGUUGUUUUAGUCAGCAAAAUGCCAAAUGAUGUAUUUUUAAUGCUGAUUUAGAAGAGGUAUAUUAUCCAAUAUCGUCGCCAUAAUAAUGGAAGUUUACUGCUGUGCCUGUAUUACCAAUUCCGACAGUAUCAUCUGUACUUACUACCAAUCCUGUACAUGUCCUCCUCACACCCGCUAACAGCGUCUCAGGAGGACCUCAUAUAGGUAGAAGACAUUACAAAUCAGUAUUAAUAUACCGUAGACAUGUUUAUCUUGAAUUAAAAAUGAAAUAAAGCUAUUCUACACUGUUUGCGCUUCAUGGUGGUGGUAUGGUAAUUGUACAUGCUGCUGCUUUAUUACAGAAAAGAUAUAUACUUCAACAGUAUCUUUGGAAAUAAAUAAUGGAAGCAUUUCCAGAAGUUU